AUGUCCUUCUCUCAGUUCGGAUACCCCUACAGCACCACUUCACAGUUCUUCGUGCCCGCCAGCCCCAGCACGACCUGCUGCGAGGCCGCCCCCCGCUCCGGGCCGGAUGCCUCCUCGGCGCCGGCCGCCGCCUCGCUGUGCUGCGCCCCGUACGAGAGCCGGCUGCUGGCGCCCGGCCGCGCCGAGCUCAAUGCGGCGCUGGGCAUGUACAGCGCCCCGUACGCCGCCGGCCAGGGCUACGGCAACUACCUGCCCUACGGCGCCGAGCCCGCCGCGCUCUACACCGCGCUGAAUCCCCAGUAUGAAAUCAAAGACGGCGCCGGCACGUUGCACUCGGGAAUCGCGCAGCCCGCUACCUACUACUCCUACGAUCAUUCCUUGGGGCAGUACCAGUACGACAGGUACGGGACGGUGGAUUUCGGUGGUUCAGCCAGACGCAAAAAUGCAACGCGAGAGACGACGAGUACUCUCAAGACCUGGCUGUACGAGCACCGCAAAAACCCCUACCCCACCAAAGGAGAGAAAAUCAUGCUGGCUAUCAUCACUAAAAUGACCCUGACGCAAGUGUCCACUUGGUUUGCUAACGCCAGACGGAGGCUUAAGAAAGAAAACAAAAUGACCUGGUCUCCCAAGAACAAAGCCGGGGAAGAGAGGAAAGAAGGAACCCCGAGGGAAGAGGAUGAAUACAGUGCGGAGGGUGAAGGCAGAGAGCAGAAGAGCUACAAGGAGGACAAGGACCUGCGGUUCAGCGACCUGGAGGAGGAGGAAGAGGAGGAGGAGGAGGAGGAGGCGGGGAAGCCGGAGAAGGGCCGGACCAGCUCCCUGCAGGAAGCGCCCAGCCUGGGCGCGGCGCUGCCCGAGGCUCCGCGGAGCGACUGCAGCCUGCCCGGCCCCUUCCACGCCUUUCCUUGUGCCAAGGCCCCCGCCGCGGGCUUCGCCCCCGCCUCCUUGGCCGGCCCGCCGCCGCCCUACGCGCCCGCGGAGAAGCCGCGCAUCUGGUCUCUGGCGCGCACGGCCGGGGCCAGCGCGGCGCGCAGGGGCAGCCCCGAGGGCCGCGGCGCGGAGGGAGGCGGCGGCGCGGCGGGGGAGCAGCCCCUGCCCGCCAAGGCCUUCCGGAGCUCCGCUUUCAGCCUGCAGCCGCUCCCGCGGAGCUGCGCGUCCCACCGCGGCCUGGGGGAGCCGUGCCAGUUCGCGGCGGCGGGCGAAGGCUUCGGGCGGGGCGCCAAGGGCGGCCCGGGAGGCACCGAGCUGGGUGGGACGUGCCUGGACAGGCUGCGGACGGCGUUCCGGCCCGUGCUGCGGAGGUGA